AUGUCAGAGAAGAAUCCACGCAAGCGCGCAGCAUCUAACAUUGCUGAGCCCGACGCACCCAAGCAGGCACGAAUUCAAAACAAAUCACCUCCUCCAGUCAAUUGGAGACUGGAACAGGAGAGUGGUGCUCCACAGAGUGCAGCGCAGCUUUUUGACUCUGACUCCGAGUCAGAUAACUUCAAGCCUGAUGGGAGCGAUGGUGACUUAUCUGAUUUGAAUAGUGGAAACGAGUCAGACAACAAACUUGAGGAAUCAGAUGAAGAUAUUCAGGGACUCGACUUGAAGAAGCUCAAGGCUACCCUUGACUACGAGUGGCCUCUAUUUGCGCCACACGACAAAACCAACGGUGGCACUACUAGUGUUAACUCGCAUUCUCAGGCGAAUAGUUCUACCUCGUCGAUGAGGUCAAUUGCAAGUACACCAUCAGACUCUGAUAAUGAUGGCCUCGGCAAGGAUAAGGGUCUGACCAGCAAGAACUUAUCUGGGCCUCGCUACGGUUCUUUGAAGCAGAAAAGUUUCAGUAAGACAAAUGAACAAGGGGCAUUGAAAGGAGGUAAACACCUUCAGAAAAGAGAACAAGAGAAACCAACUUGGUGCACACCUGAGGUUGACCAUACCAUCAGUGAUGGACUGCCUGCGGAUGAACAACUUGAAGUGACCGUGAAUGGUUUGGGCAAGGUCAAUCUAACAGAUCAGCAAGCUCACAUUCGAGACAUGAUCCAGGCCUCAAUUACUUGCCUUCACAAACAUCUCUUGUUCGAAAAUGCAUACCCGGAACUACAGCAACAGAGAAAGCUGAUGGCCGACAUCCUUAUGUCAUGUACCAAGGAUGGUGAGGAGUUUGAUGCAGUGAGAAAACACCUUGCGAAGGACCCUAAGUAUGUGCAUACGUUAUCAUCAGUGGGUUCGACAGGGGUAAACCCGCAGGUGCGACAACCUCAACCCACACCCGCACCCAUCAACUACCUAUACCCACCUACCCAAGGGUCCUUAGGGGUGCGGGUCAAUACAAGGGUCAUCCGCGGGUAA